UGUAGAACACAGGUGCACUUAUACACAUGCAGGUAAUACACUCACACACAUUAAAAAAAAAAAUUUUUUUAAGCUACAGGCUUUUUAAUCAUUUGAUAAUGAUUAACCGUGUUUUCAUGUCCUCCAUCCCUCCAAACAACAGCCAUACAUGCUGCAGGCAUUCAAUGAUAACUUGUUGAGAAGGCUUAUGCUAAUAAGUACAUUCAUAUCCAAAAAUAAAUUAGCAUUAUCUGUGCCUGGAGGAAAAUGUGAUUAUGUCCUAGUAGUGCUUUAAGCUGCUUGGAUUACCAACACAAGAUCAUUCGCCGUUUAAAUCUACCAAGUCCAACCUAACUUUCUGCAGUACUGAGAAUGUGCGAUAAUCUUCCCUAAUAAAGAAACCAUUAGCUGCAUGCAUCCAUUGAGUUUUUGUAAUGCUAAUGCGGAUGGGAAUGUAAUGUCUCCAUUUUAUUGAAUUUUAAUAGUUCUUCGUAAAGAGUACGGAAUUGGACAGCAACAGCUUCAGAACCAGCUUUGAGCUGUCAACAACCUAAGCUUGCCCAUGUCCUCUUUUUCAUCUCAGAAGGAAUUCUUUAUGAAAUAGUCCCCUGACAGAUGAACCCCAUUUUCUGAUCCCUGUUCCCUUGAGAGUUCAAGGAGCAAACUUCUCAGGGCCUGGCAGAAGACGCUAUCCAUGAAGCUUAGCAUCUCCCACGGCCGCAGCGGACAGAACGAGCCAAUCGUCAAGCCACAUGAAAUCAUCCCACUAAAAUACUCAUUGCGUCUGGUCCUUGUGCACGGUCUGGAGGGUGGACGGGAAAGCAAACCAUGCGACAGGCGUGGCAACAAUACGACCAAGCAGCCAGGUCAUCGCGCCCGGCUGCCUCCCCGCGAGACCUCCUACACCCAGGCCGCCCCGGGCCGGCCGCGUCCGGUUCCGGUCCCCACCCCUAAGAGCGUCGGGGGGACACACUCCAAGAGCGGCUCCCCCUCAGCGUCCCACACGAAUCCCAACUCCCGCCGUGUGGCUAUGAGCCAGUCCUCCUCCUGUGAGUCCAACUCCAGCCUCGAGAAUGCCUCAACGAAACGGCUCAAGGUCUCAGAUAAAAUGGCGGCCAAACCUGCGCAGCUAACCAUAGAGAUGACCGCCAUGGCGGAGAGAGCGUCGCCUCCCAGAGCCCGACCGCCAGGCUUCCGGCGGGGGCGGAAAAAGGGCGCGUCUCCAAGGGCCCCUCUAGGAGAACAACGCUCAGUCUCCAUGGUUGCGAGUCCUCCGAGCGGGGUCACGUGGCUGAGCAAUCCAGAUGAAAAGACUACCUAUGAGGCAGCUUCCAGUUCUCUAAACAUGGAGAGGAAAACCCCGUCCAGAGAGAGCCCCAGAAGACUCUCUGCUAAGCUAGGCAGAGGCACAGAGAUGAAAAAAGUUGCCCGACAACUCGGCGUGGUGGCUGCUGACUCAGAUAAGGACUCUGGGUUUUCAGAUGGGAGCUCAGAAUGUUUGAGCUCCGCAGAGCAGAUGGAGUCAGAGGACAUGCUGAGUGCCUUGGGGUGGAGCCGAGAGGACAGGCUGAGGCAGAGCUCCAGAGCUGCAAGCAACGCCUUCCCUACCCUGCCCCCCAUGGUCGUCAUGAAGAAUGUGCUGGUCAAGCAGGGCAACAGUUCGUCCCAGCUCCAGUCCUGGACUGUCCAGCCCUCCUUUGAAGUGAUCUCAGCACAGCCACAGCUCUUUGUCCUUCAUCCACCUGUGCCAUCUCCUGUCAGCCCAUGCCAUGCUGGUGAGAAAAAGUCAGACUCCAGGAACUACUUACCCAUUCUAAAUUCUUACACCAAAAUAGCCCCACAUCCAGGCAAAAGGGGCCUUUCCCUCAGCCCAGAAGAAAGAGGAGCAAGUGGGAUGUCAAAGAAAAUCUGUACCGAGAGACUGGCGCCCAGCCUGUCUUUCACAGAGCCGACUAAGACUGGUCUUGUGCCAUCCAGUCCGUUGACUCCAGUCCCACCCAGUGCCAAACUCACUGAGGACUCAGCUCUGCAAGGAGUGCCCUCCUUGGUGGCAGGGGGAAGUCCACAGACUCUGCAGCCUGUGUCCAGUAGUCAUGUGGCUAAGGCUCCCAGUCUGACUUUUGCUUCCCCUGCCAGUCCUGUCUGUGCAUCAGACAGCACUCUGCAUGGCUUAGAGAACAGCUCCCCUCUUUCACCACUGUCGGCCAGUUACAGCUCACCUCUGUGGGCCUCGGAGCACCUCUGUCGCAGCCCAGACAUCUUUUCAGAGCAGAGGCAGAGCAAACACAGGCGCUUUCAGAAUACCUUAGUGGUCCUGCACAAGUCUGGUUUGCUGGAGAUCACUUUGAAAACCAAGGAGUUGAUUCGUCAGAACCAGGCAACUCAGGUGGAACUAGACCAGCUAAAGGAGCAAACCCAGCUAUUUAUAGAGGCUACCAAGAGCAGGGCCCCUCAGGCAUGGGCCAAGUUGCAGGCAUCACUAACAUCUGGGUCCAGUCAUUCAGGCAGUGACCUGGACACCUUGUCUGACCACCCAGACAUAUAGCACAGAGGCAUUUUCCAGUUAUUUGAGUGGUUCUUUGAACUCUUUGCUAUUAUCUACGCCUGUUUCCCACAGCCUAUGCUUUUCCUCCUAAAUUCAUCAAGCCACAUGGCAGUGUCUGGCUGCUGUCAUAACUGGUGGUCCAUGCACAGGUUGUGUUUAUCUGUGUUCCUCCAAGGACCUCCAAUUGGGAGUGUCCUUGAGUCCCUUUUCCUUAGCCUGCAGACACUUAGAGGAUGGGACAAAGGAGAGAAGACUCCUGGGGCUGUUCCAGCUGUCACCUCCCACCAUCCCACUCACUAAGGAUCCAAGGUUCAGUAACAGGACCUGUCAAACCAAGGAGUAGGUGACCUAAGGAUCCCUUUGUGGGUCCUCCCUCAAGUAUCCUAGUCACAGGGAAAAUAUAAGAGGUGUGUUUGCGUUCUACCAGGCAUUGUGCCAGUUGGGCAAAACCUAAAAUGCUUUGGGCACAGGUUGUGUCUGGGUAUAAGCACUUCAUCACGUAAAGCUUUAGUUUCUUUUUUUUUUUUUUUUUUUUUUUUUUUUUUUUUAGA